GAAGGCGGGCUGCAGCGCGGCGCCUGGCUGCUGGGCGCUGACUUUAGGAAUUUUGUACUGAUAUGAGGCCCAACAUGAUCGUUUGACUAGCCCCUACCAUUUUCUCCUGAGAGGAGAACUGAGCCAUUGUGAAGAGUCUUAUGCUGGUACUGCGAUGCUGAGUUCUAGCUUGACCACUGUGAAGAAUCUUCCUUUGAAGAAGAGGCUCUGUUUCCUGCUGAAACUUGUGUGCUUUGUCAGCUCAGUGUUAAUAUUUUGUGAAUUUUUAAUUUAUUAUGUGGUAAUUUUUCAAUGUCGAUGGCCAGAAGUGAAAGGUGGAGCUCACAUGGGUAAGAAAGAGACUUCAGCUUCAGUCCUAAAGGCCAUGAUUUUAGCUGAUACUCACCUACUUGGUGAAAUCAAAGGACAUUGGCUGGAUAAGCUAAGAAGGGAAUGGCAAAUGGAGAGAUCUUUCCAAACUGCCUUAUGGUUACUGCAGCCAGAUAUUGUUUUUAUUCUGGGAGAUGUCUUUGAUGAAGGAAAAUGGAGCUCACCUCAGGCAUGGGCAGAUGAUGUCAGGAGAUUUCGGAAAAUGUUUAAGUAUCCAGUUUCUACUGAGCUAGUGGUUAUUGUUGGGAAUCAUGACAUUGGAUUUCAUUAUGAAAUGACUACUUACAAGGUAAAUCGAUUUGAAAAGGUUUUCAACUUUACUUCAGGAAAGCUAAUAACUCGAAAAGGAAUAAACUUUGUCCUAGUGAACAGCGUAGCCAUGGAGGGGGAUGGCUGUGCUGUCUGCCGUACCUCAGAGGCAAAGCUUGUGGCGCUUUCUCACAAACUGAAUUGCUCCCAGCAGAAACCAAAUCAUUCCAACAAAAGGUGCAGUGAUGUGGAAAAGCUUCCAGCUUCAGAACCCAUCCUUUUACAGCAUUACCCUCUCUAUCGGAAAAGUGAUGCUGAGUGCAGUGGAGAAGAUUCUGCUCCUCCAGAGGAGAAGAACAUCCCAUUUAAAGAAAAGUAUGAUGUACUGUCUCAAGAAGCAUCACAAAAGCUGAUAUGGUGGUUUCAUCCCCGUUUGAUUCUCAGUGGGCAUACACAUAGUGCUUGUGAAGUGCUGCACGCGGGGAAAAUUCCAGAAAUCAGCGUCCCGUCAUUCAGUUGGAGGAAUAGAAACAAUCCUAGUUUCAUCAUGGGCAGCAUAACACCAACUGACUUCUCCCUCCAAAAAUGCUUCCUUCCGUAUGAGAGCAGAGUCUUUACUAUAUACUGUGCAGCAGGUGCUCUGCUUGUGAUCCUGAUACUAGCUCAUUUUCAGCUUCUCACUCCACCAUUUUAUUUUGCUCAGCGUUUAAUCAGUAAGCAUAAAGCAGUAUGAAGAGCCAGACAUCUGCAUUCAGUCACUGAAAUACCAAAGCUGAGAACAGUCAAACAUCAGACUAUAUUCAUGCCAGCAAAUGACCUAAUUUGAUUGCUAGUCUGAAGGCAGGUUGCAUUUACACAUACCAUAGAAGUCCUAUACAGCUGAUAUGACUACUACAGGAUAAAUAAUUAACUGAAAUGAACGUUUCAUGCUGUACAAAAAUACUGUAUUCUACAAUCAAAUGAGUCCUUUUCCUGCUAUAAUUUUUGUAUCAAAUAUGUAUAUUAAAAGUGUAACUGUACAUUAUGUAAAUCCUAUAGCCUCAUCACUUAUCUGCACUAGUGUCUUACCCUGGUGGAGGCUCAGUCCUGCAAACUGGAAACGUUUCUCUGUUUUAUUGCUGCAUGGCCCUUCUAAUGUCAUACUUCUCUUUGUUAGGGUCAGGCAGAAAGUAGAUACAUCAGCACUGAGAGAUGCGGAUUUCCAUAACCUUUUUAGGAUGUCAUAUGUAAGGGACUGUGGUUUGGGACAAGAAGUCUUCCAGUUCCUGACACAUUAAAUUGUUAGCUGACUACAAUUUGCAGUUAUCGUCUACCAGACAACAACAGGAAGAAGCUCGUGGAUCCAGUUUGCUGAUACACACUUGAAACCUGCUUAAAAAAAAAUUAGGGUGACACCUCAAGCUGCUAUUUUUAAAAAGAUGUGCUA